AUGCUGGGACGCGUUGCCCCGGAGAAGAGAGGAGCAGAGAGGAGCAGAGAGGAGAGCAGAGAGGAGAGCAGAGAGGAGAGCAGAGAGGAGCAGAGAGGAGAGCAGAGAGGAGCAGAGAGGAGCAGAGAGGAGCAGAGAGGAGCAGAGAAGAGAGCAGAGAGGAGCAGAGAGGAGAGCAGAGAGGAGAGCAGAGAGGAGAGCAGAGAGGAGCAGAGAGGAGCAGAGAGGAGCAGAGAGGAGCAGAGAAGAGAGCAGAGAGGAGCAGAGAGGAGCAGAGAGGAGAGCAGAGAGGAGCACAGAAGAGAGCAGAGAGGAGCAGAGAGGAGCAGAGAGGAGUGCAGAGAGGAGAGCAGAGAGGAGAGCAGAGAGGAGAGCAGAGAGGAGAGCAGAGAGGAGCAGAGAGGAGCAGAGAGGAGCAGAGAGGAGCAGAGAGGAGCAGAGAAGAGAGCAGAGAGGAGCACAGAAGAGAGAGGAGCAGAGAGGAGCAGAGAGGAGUGCAGAGAGGAGAGCAGCGCAGACACGGGGGGCGGGUUCGCUGUAGACUCCGGAGACGCCACGAUGCUUUGGAAACUAGUGGAAAAUGUCAAGUACGAAGACAUUUAUGAGGACCGGCAUGACGCCGUCUCGAGCCACGGGUCGCGCCUGUCGCAGCUGGGCUCGGUGUCUCACGCCACAGGAUACUCCAGUGCGCCGCCUCUGUCACACGCACCGUCCUCGGACUUCCAGCCUCCGUACUUCCCGCCUCCGUACCAGCCGCUCGCGCACUACCAGAGCCAGGACCCGUACUCUCACGUGAGCGACCCGUACUCGCUGAACUCCCUGCACCAGAGCCAGCAGGGCGCGUGGGGCGCGCGGCAGCGGCAGGACGCGUCCGGAGAGCGGGUGGACAGUUCUUCUCUUCUGGCUCAGCCCCGGGCCUCACUGCCGCAGCUGGGACUGGACCCCCGCCGGGACUAUGGACACAUGCGGCGGCCCGACGUCCUGCUGCACGCGCACCCGGGACUGGACCACGGCAUGGGGGACGGGCUGCUCCACGGACUGCACGGCCUGGAAGACGUCCAGACCAUAGACGACACCAACGGGACCAGCGUCUUGGACCAGUCCGUCAUCAAGAAAGUCCCCAUGCCGCACAAGAACAUGGGCUCUCUGAUGCUGGGGAAAGACGGGCUGAUUGGCGGCAUCAGCGUCAACAUCAACGAGGUGUUCUGCUCCGUCCCGGGACGUCUCUCUCUCCUCAGCUCCACCUCCAAGUACAAGGUGACGGUUGGGGAGGUGCAGAGGAGGCUGUCCCCCCCAGAGUGCCUCAACGCCUCCCUGCUGGGGGGGGUGCUCAGGAGAGCAAAGUCUAAAAAUGGAGGAAAGUGUUUACGAGAGAAACUGGAGAAGAUCGGGUUGAAUUUACCGGCGGGAAGACGCAAGGCCGCCAACGUCACGCUGCUCACCUCUCUGGUAGAAGGUGAAGCGGUGCACUUGGCGCGGGACUUCGGUUACAUCUGUGAGACGGAGUUUCCCACCAAAGCUGUGAGCGAAUACCUGAACCGACAACACACCGACCCCAACGAGCUACACACACGCAAGAACAUGCUGCUGGCAACUAAACAGCUGUGUAAGGAGUUCACCGACCUGCUGGCCCAGGACCGGACUCCACUGGGGAACUCGCGGCCCUCCCCCAUCCUGGAGCCGGGCAUCCAGAGCUGCCUGUCCCACUUCAGCUUCAUCACGCACGGCUUCGGCUCUCCGGCCAUUUGCGCCGCCCUGACCGCUCUGCAGAACUACCUCACCGAGGCCCUCAAAGGACUGGACAAGAUGUUCCUCAACAACCCCCCCAACAGCCGGCACGAGGGCAACAAGGGCGCGGACAAGGACGACAAGCAGCGGAAAUGA